UCUCGGGGCGUUGAGUGGAGACUGCGUCCGACGACUGGGUGGGACUCCGAUCGCUAUCCCGGAUGUGGCGCGGAGCUCGCCGAGUUUGCCAAUCCCAACGCGAGACUCCAGGGAGGCUCCGCCAGUCGCGGUUGAACGGCGCUGGAGGACGGUCGCACUUUGCCGGGUGAAAAACUUGGUGCAAGUUCACAAAGCUUAGAAGGAGGACUGGUUUUUGACUCCAGGCAGUCUGACUUCAGAGCCUUGACAGGACUACAAGGGAAGAAUGCAGACAGUCAAAUGUGUGCUUGUAGGAGAUGGGGCUGUAGGUAAAACCUGCCUCCUUAUCAGUUAUACAACAAAUGCCUUUCCUGAUGAGUAUAUCCCCACUGUCUUCGACAACUAUAGUGCCCAGACAUCUGUGGAUGGCCAAAUGGUCAGCCUGAACCUGUGGGACACCGCUGGCCAAGAGGAGUAUGACCGACUGCGAACUCUCUGCUACCCCCAGACCAAUAUCUUUGUCAUUUGUUUUUCCAUUAGCAACCCAUCCUCUUAUGCCAAUGUGAAGCAAAAGUGGCAUCCAGAGGUCUCCCAUCAUUGCCCCAAUGUACCUGUUCUGCUGGUAGGCACCAAGAGUGACCUGCGGGAUGACCUCGAAACAGUGAAGAAGCUGAAGGAGCAGAGCCUAGUGCCCACAACUCCUCAGCAGGGCACUGCCCUGGCUAAGGAGGUAGGGGCUGUGAAGUAUUUGGAAUGUUCGGCCCUGAGGCAGGAUGGGGUGCGUGAAGUAUUUUCAGAAGCUGUCCGGGCUGUGCUUUACCCUGCCACAAAGAAGAACACCAAGAAGUGCAUCCUCUUAUAGCUUUUGGGUGUUAUGUGGGGACUGCACCUAAGGAGUUUAAGGGAGGGGAUUCUUUUGACAGCAGUUAAGAGUGCAGCAUGAGCCAUUUUUCUCUUCUACUAGAAACUCUAGACUCCAGGAUAUUCGGCUUUUGGAAGAAUGAAGACAGACUAAUUAGUUGGUACAUGGCUCCUUUGAAGUUUGGUCUGACCCUUAUGGAGGAAGAGAGAGAGAGAGAGAGAGAGAGAGAGCAUGUGCGUGCGUGCGUGUGUGUGUGUGUGUGUGUGUGUGUGUGUACGUGUACGCACGCGUGCAUGCGUGCGUCUGUCCAUCACCUGUCAAAGUGGUAAGAGGAGACGCCACUCAGUGCUGUUCCUUUCUCUCCUGGCCAGGCCAUGACUGACCAGAGCAGUCUAGUACUGUUCUUUGUGGGCUUUUGCUUGUCUGCUUUUAAAUCUAAUUUUAGCUUUCCUUGCUGUAUUUACCAUUGAACAAGUGUGUCACAGGACAAGGUUAUUCUGUUUUCAAAGUGUUGCCUUAAACUUUCUGAUAAACUAAUUUUUUGAGAUGGGGUCUUACUGUGUUGCCCCGGCUAGAGUGCAGUGGCAUCAUCAGAGCUCACUGCA